AUGUCGAUAGUUCUUAUGUUACUUUUAUUGACAGUAGAGAGCCUAUGUAAUUGGCUACCAGGACAUUUUUACAAGGAUGACAACUUUCUUGGGUACCAGCCCGAUGUUGGUGAUCUCGUCCAGACCCUCAGAGCUAGACAGCCUGCCUCGAAAAAUGUGCUGUAUUCACCAAAUCGGCCACAAACAACGCCGUCAAUUACAACAGUGACCUCGACUAGUGCUGCGACAACUUCUGGCGUACGCAAUAUUUCGGAUUGUUUAUCAUUUCCGUCAGAUUACGCUGUGGAUAUGUGGAGCCUUAACAAGUACCUGGUGUUGAUUGGUCCUACGACAGUCUCAAUCGACGAAGCCACUACGACAUGUACUUGUCUAGGAGGCCAUCUCGUUAUCCUUCACGGCCAGGCGAAGUUCGAUUAUUUCACAGACUAUUUGGACGUCCACAUACCAGAAUCUUACCUGGUCAUAAUUGGUCUAAGAGCAGACCAUUACAGUGGACCUUGGCUGUGGCCUGAUGGAAGUUACCUAAACAACACCCCGGCGUUUUGUCCAUAUGAACCCAGUGGAGACACGAGUUUUGUUUAUGUUGAGCGAUGUACAGUCAUGAUGCAUCCUGGCGGGUGUAUGGACGACAGAAAUUGUCCUGUUCCGAUCUCAUCGAUCUACUUUGCCUGCGAUGUCUUUUAGCUUCAUAUUAUGUUGGUGUAUAUUGAAUCAGUACAAAGAUGAAGUUUUAUAUAACGUUUACGUUCGUAACACCUAAUAAUAGCCAUAAUUUCAUUGUACCUGUUUAAGGUCGACAAGAAUGACCUGUCGUUUUGACAUUUUCGUUGAAUAUUCAAAAUAGGUGAUCCUAUAUUGUAUUCAAAUUAUUCAUAAAACACAAGCGAACAGUGAAAGGUCUUACAAUAUGUGAUUCGGGUCAUAAUAACCACAUACAAUCUAAUUAAA